UAUACGUGAAUCCAAACAUACCUGAAGUUGGUUGAACGUCAAAUAAUUCCAGCGAGUCUCUUAAUUUGAAGGCGAGGCCCCGAAUGGGACGUAAGUGCGUAAAACUUGACGAAUGAUGCAGCCGUGCGAGAGAGAAUCUUCAAGUAACCUGGAAAGUACACACUGCAGGUGUUAAACAAAACACAUUCCUCAGAAGUUACAGGGAAAAUGCUCAAACAUGGCUUUGUUCGAGCUGUACUCGAAGUAUAACAGAGUUUGGAUACCAGAUGCAGAACAUGUGUGGAAAUCGGCUGAAAUUACAAAAAACUUUAAUUCUGGAGAUAAAAAUCUUGAAUUACUCGUCGAAGAUGGCACUGAGUACCAGCACCCCAUCAACCCGUCCAGACCAGAACUCCCUCCUCUUAGAAACCCGGACAUCUUGGUGGGAGAGAACGACCUGACAGCUCUCAGCUACCUGCACGAGCCAGCGGUCCUGCACAACCUCAGAGUCCGCUUUGUGGAGUCCAGGAUCAUCUACACCUACUGCGGUAUUAUUCUGGUGGCAGUGAAUCCCUACAGACAGCUUCCCAUCUACGGCGAUGCAGUCAUUCAUGCCUACUCGGGCCAGAACAUGGGAGAUAUGGACCCUCAUAUCUUUGCAGUGGCAGAGGAGGCGUACAAGCAGAUGGCGAGAAACCACAAGAACCAGUCCAUCAUCGUCAGCGGGGAGUCUGGAGCCGGCAAGACGGUCUCGGCUCGAUACGCUAUGAGGUACUUUGCUGUUGUGAGCAAAUCUGGAAGUAAGACUCGGGUUGAAGACAAAGUGCUGGCGUCCAACCCAAUAACGGAGGCGAUCGGAAACGCAAAAACCACCCGGAACGACAACAGCAGCCGUUUUGGGAAAUAUACCGAAAUCGGCUUCGAUAAGCGGUACCGAAUCAUCGGGGCAAACAUGAGGACCUACCUGUUGGAGAAGUCCAGGGUUGUUUUCCAGGCAGAGAAUGAGCGAAACUAUCACAUAUUCUACCAGAUGUGCUCCUGUGCAGACUCGCCGGAGUUCACGGACCUCAGACUGUUGGCUGCAGAUAAGUUCAGGUACACCAGCACGGGCGGUGACGUCACCAUCGAAGGUGUGGAUGACAGGAAGGACAUGGAGGAGACUCGACGGACCUUCUCUGUGCUGGGUUUGAAGGAGAACUUUCAGUCAGAUGUGUUUAAAGUUCUGGCCGCAGUUUUGCAUUUGGGGAAUGUGGAGAUCAGAAGCUCAGGAGAUGACAAGUCUGCGGUUCCUCCCAGCGAUGCACAUCUGGCAAUCUUCUGCAAGCUGCUGGGAGUUAGCGCAGAGGCUCUGCUGCGCUGGCUGUGCAAUCGCAGGAUCGUUCUGGCGGCUGAAACCGUGGUGAAGCCGGUGCCCAGGGAACGGGCCGUCGCCACCAGAGACGCUCUGGCCAAGCAGAUGUACGCCCACCUGUUUGACUGCAUCAUCGGCAGGAUCAACACCGUGCUCCAGGUUCCUGGGAAGCAGCACGCUUUCACGGGGGUCCUGGACAUUUACGGCUUCGAGACGUUCGACAUCAACAGCUUUGAGCAGUUUUGUAUCAACUACGCAAAUGAGAAGCUGCAACAGCAGUUUAACAUGCACGUGUUCAAGCUGGAGCAGGAGGAGUACAUGAAGGAGGGCAUCCCAUGGACGCUGAUAGAUUUCUACGACAACCAGCCUGUCAUUGACCUGAUUGAAGCCAAGAUGGGGAUCCUUGACCUGCUGGACGAGGAGUGUCUGUUCCCUCAAGGCACCGAUCAGAGCUGGCUUCAGAAGCUGUACCGGUAUCUGGAGGCCAACCCUCUGUUUGAGAAGCCCCGGUUGUCCAGCCAGGCGUUUGUGAUGCAACACUUUGCAGACAAGGUGGAGUAUCAGUGCAGAGGGUUUCUGGACAAGAAUCGAGACGCUCUCUACGAGGAGCUGGUGGACACGAUGAAAGCCAGUCAGUUCCCCUUUCUGGCCGGCCUUUUUCAAGAGGAGGAGCAGAGCGCUGGAGCCAAGAGUGGCGUGCAAGUGAAGCCGGCCAGGCCUGCGGUGAAACCAGCCAACAAGCAGCUGAGAAGCUCUGUGGGAGAUAAGUUCCGGACCUCGCUGUCUCUGCUGAUGGAGACGCUGAACGCCUCCACGCCUCACUACGUGCGCUGCAUCAAGCCCAACGAUGACAAGCUCCCGUUUGAGUACGACUCCAGGAGGGUGGUGCAGCAGCUGCGAGCGUGCGGCGUCCUUGAAACCAUUCGCAUCAGCGCGCAGAGCUACCCGUCCAGGUGGACGUACAUUGAGUUUUACAGCCGCUACAGUAUCCUCAUGUCCCACGUGGAGGCGGAUCUCAAGGACAAGAAACGGACCUGCAAGGAUGUGCUGCAGAGACUCAUUCAGGACCCCGACCAGUACAAGUUUGGCCGCACGAAGAUCUUCUUCCGGGCCGGUCAGGUGGCGUAUCUGGAGAAGCUGCGCCUGGACCGCCUCCGGGGCGCCUGCGUGACCGUUCAGAAACACGUCCGCGCGUGGAGCCAGAGGAGGAGGUUCCUGAGGACGAGGGCGGCGGCCGUCACCCUGCAACAGUACAUACGGGGAACGAAGACGAUCCGUAAACCGGUGAGUGCAGCGACGCUGAAGCAGGGCUGGGCCACGGUGGUCAUUCAGAGACACUGGAGAGGCUACCGGACGAGGCAGAUCUUUCAGGCGGUCCGCCUGGCUUCCAUCACCAUCCAGGCCUUCACCCGGGGCUGGAUGGCCCGCAGAUGCUACAAGAAGAUGAUGAAAGAGCACAAAGCUCUGGUUCUACAGAAGUACGCCAGAGCGUGGCUGGUUCGGCGGCGCUUUCAGACCAUGCGUCGGCUGGUGCUCAACGUCCAGCUGUCCUACAGGGUGCAGAAGCUCCGGAAGAAGAUAGACGAGCAGAACAAGGAGAACCGUGGAUUGAUGGAGAGACUGACGAGCUUAGCCAACUCCCAAUCUCAAGCUUUGGACAGACUUCACGGUCUGGAGGCCCAGCUGGACAAAACCACCAAGCAGAAGGCGGCUCUGGAGGCGAGAGAGCAAAAAGCAAAAGAAGACGCCACUUUGACAAUCGCACAGCUUCAGCAGGAGAUAGAUGCUCUGGUGUGUGGGAAGCAGAGCUCGGAGAAAAGGUUUGAAGCAUCCAUGAAAGAAGUCAAAGAGAGCUUUGACCAGGUGAAGAGGACUCUGCAGGAGGAGAGAGAAAAUGAGGCGAGACUGAGAAAGAUUGCAGAAAACAACAUCGAGAUUCAGAAGCACGACCAUGAAAAAGAAAUAGCAACUCUGAAGGAAGAGAUGAGGAGGCUGAAGGAGGGGAGAGUGGUGCUGCAGAGGCAGGUGGAGGAGGGCGUGCUGGGGAACGCUGAACUGCAGGAACAGGUCGUCCAGCUCACCAAGCACGCUAAAGUCAUCCCGGAGCUCCGCAGGGACCUGAACAACCUGCAAAAUCAGAAGAGUGCCGUAGAGCAAAGGAUGAAGCAGCAGUCAGAACAAACAAGAGCUAAAGUGAAGGAGAUCGUGAGGCAGCUUCUCGGGGGUGUCGUUGAGGAACAAGUUCUUUUGGGGCUGACGGCCGAUGAUCCCGAGAAGAUUAGUGAGCCUGAAGACCUGCUGGGAGCCCUGGGGGGCCUGCAGAGAGCCACCAGGAUUCUGGAGAACCAGCACAAGGAGCACAAGGUCAGCUCUGAGACACAGGCGGAGGGCUGGAGACUGAAGGUGGAGCACCUCCAGAACGAGAACGGCACGCUGCAGAGCCUGUUCCAGGAGAAAAGUGACGUCAAUGACAGUAUUUGCCAGGAAGUGGCUCGGCUCAGCAGCGAGAACUCGCUCAUACCGGAGCUGAAACUGCAGGUCUCAGAGCUGCAGAGGCAGAAGCAGGAGCUGGACGGCCGGCUCAAGCAGCAGAACAAGGAGCUGACAGAAAAAAACCAGGAGAUCACCAACGUUCUCCAGAUGAAGAUUGCAGAAGAGCGCUCACAGCGCACGCAUUUUGAGGAGAAAGCCAGAGAGCUGGAGGAGGCAAGGGAGGAGCUUCGAGGGAGGAUGGAGGAGCUUGAAGAGGAGAACGAGCACUUGAAGAGGCAGCAGCUGAUGGAGGGCGAAGUGAAGAGGAAACUGAGAGAGGAGACGUCGCGGUUAACCGCUGAGAGCAUGGACUUGGAAGAGCAGCUGGAUCAGAGGGACAGAUUAAUAAAGAAGCUCCGGAGUCAAAUAAAAAGCCUUGAAAGAUCCCAGAAAGCCAAACAAAACCCUGUGUCCACCAUCCCGAAGGACUACCUGGGCAUGUUGGAGUACAAGAGAGAGGACGAACCCCGGCUCGUUCAGAACAUCAUUUUGGACUUGAAGCCCAAAGGUGUAGCGGUCAACAUGCUUCCCAGUCUGCCGGCGUACAUCCUGUUCAUGUGCGUCCGCCACGCCGACUACCUCAACGACGGAGCCAAGCUCAAGUCUCUGAUGAACGCCGUCAUAUUUGGCAUCAAGAAAGUCAUCAUGGGUCACCACAAAGACUUUGAGAUGCUGUCCUUCUGGCUGUCCAACACGUACCAGCUGCUCAACUGCCUGAAGCAGUACGGCGGGGAGGAGGAGUUCGUGAAACACAGCACGCCUCGGCAGAAGAAGAACUGCCUGCAGAACUUUGACCUGUCUGAACACAGACAGAUCCUCAGCGACCUGGCCAUCCACAUCUACCAUCAGCUGGUCACGGUCAUGCAGAAGACGCUCGCUCCUACUAUCGUGCCUGGCAUGUUGGAGCAUGAGAGCUUACAGGGGAUCUCCAGCAUGAAGCCCACGGGCUUCAGAAAACGCUCCAACAGCGUUUACGACGAGUCGGAGACCUACACCAUCUCCUCCAUCCUCCAGCACCUUUCGGUCUUCCACUCCACCAUGCUCCACCACGGCAUGGACCAGGGCCUCAUCAGACAAGCCACCAAGCAGCUGUUCCUCCUGGUGGGGGCCACCACGCUCAACAACAUGAUGCUUCGCAAAGACAUGUGCUCCUGCAGGAAAGGCAUGCAGAUCAGGUGCAACAUCAGUUAUCUGGAGGAGUGGCUGAAAGAGAAGGAGCUUCAAAGCUCUAAUGCCAUCGAUACUCUGAGGCCGCUGGCUCAGGCCGCCUGGCUGCUGCAAGUCAGCAAGGCCACGGAUGACGACGCCGGCGAGAUCGUUGAGAAGUGCACUGAACUCAACCCAGUUCAGAUUGUCAAGAUUUUGAAUUCCUACACACCUAUUGAUGAUUUUGAGAAAAGAGUAGCGUCAUCGUUUGUGAAGAAGGUUCAGUCGUUACUUCAAGAUCACGACGGGUCGUCACAUCUGAUGCUGGACACAGACUAUCGGUUCCAGGUCACGUUUCCUUUCUGCCCGUCCUCGCAGGCUCUGGAGCUGCUGCAGGUCCCGAGCAGCCUUCACCUCAGCUUUCUGACCCGGAUCUGACCCGGAUCUUACCUGGAUCUGACUCGGAUCUGACCCUGCCGACCUUGAACCCUUCACUGAUGGAUGCUCUAGUGGCCUUAACUGCUCAUUCAUAUAUACGCAACACUUAUCAUCGUAUAUUUAAAAGGCAGAUUCAGAGGUGGGGUUUAAAAACAUUUGAGGUAAAUUCUGAUGAGAAAACAAAUGAUAAAAGUGGAUAUUUUAUAGUUAACAUAUGCGUAAAUGUUACUUGCUAUGAUGUGUGUUAAGGUCAAUAAUUCUUUAAUUAUGCUGAUAUUUACCGCUGGCGUCAGCUCUGCUCCUGGUUUGCUGAUGCGUCGCUGUUUCCAUCAGUGAAGAAGAGUUUAUUCAGAUGGAUGUAAACAUUUCCUGCUGCAGGUCUUUUAUGUGAUUUUAUUUCUACAGAUCUACAGUGUUUUGUUUCAGAUUGAUGGAUGUAAAUACCGUUAUGCAACAACACAUGGUUUGUAAACAGUUAAUAAUAAUAAUAAUAAUAAUAAUAAUAAUCCAAAAUUACUUAAAUAAACAGAGUAUGGCGAAGUUGUCAUUGUUAAAGUACAUAGUGUGUACUUCUAUAAAGCUUCUAUGACCUAAUCCAGGUUCUACUGUGUCUCCUGUCAUCACUUACACUCAACACUCUUAUUUUACACUCUUACAGACAUUAAGAGCAUUUAUGAUGAAACACAUUGAUCUAUGAAGUCUAAUUUGUCCAUCAAUAAAAGCAGUGUAGGGUAUCUGACGGGCAACAUGAGAGCAGCUCAUCUGGGACCCUGGUGGACCGUGACUGACCCCCGUUACUGUAUGAGGUUUUCAAGAAUCUUUCAUAUUCUGGUCGUGCAUCUAAAGAGACUGGUGCGUUAUUAAAAGAUGAGGUGUGUACUGACCCGGGUCUGGUCGGACUGCUGGGCCCAGACACGACUGACGUGACUCAGAGAAGAAGAGGCCCGGUGCUCUCGGGGCCCAGACCCCUGGUUUUGGUCAGAGUGAUGCUUGUUCAUGUCAAUUCAUCUGCUGCAUUUUUAUAGUUUUAUUCAUUCAUCCAUUUCCUCAGAGACGUCAUAAUAAUGCUAUUUUAUGUACAAAGUUGAGGAGGUAAUCCACAACGAUGCUAAAAACAGAAGAUUUUAAAAGACUUGAAGGUGUAAAGUUACAUCAUCAAAAUGAAUAGUUUAUGUUGAAGCUGCACUUGUGACGAAUGCGACGUAUAAGACAACAGUAAAUGCUAUAGUCCUCUUACAAAAACAGGCAUACGUAUUAUUAACAGGGUGGGAUACUAUGAACAUACAAAUCCAUUGUUUAUAAAAUCCCAUGUUAUGACAUUUUAUGAUUUGGUUUAUAUAAAAUAAUGCAAAUAAUGUAUAAAGCUA